GUCAUUAUUCUAUCAAUUUUUGAGUAAUAAUCUAAAAUAAUGAACGAGUGCAAAUAAAAAUGUGUCAAUCAAACCAGGAUAAAACUUAAUAAAUGCUCAGACGACCCGUAAUGCAAGAUACCAAACAUUGCGGUCGAUUUUGCCUCCUCUUCACUGGGAUAUUUUUAAUCUGCUUCGGGAGCAUCGUCCUCAUAUUUUUCGAAUCGAUAUACGACAGUUUUAUCAACCAUAAUUUGAAAUUUGCUCCCGGUACUCCUGCCUACGAAAAUUGGGCGAAAACUCCCCGAGUACAAACCGACAUUUAUUUUUUCAAUUGGACCAAUGCGGACCAAAACAAAAAUCAUUCCAUCAAACCGGAAUUUGAAGAAAUCGGACCUUAUAGGUUCUAUGAAAUUAGAAGUAAAGAAAACAUCACGUGGCACGAUGAUUAUGUCAACUAUGUAACUACAACGACAACAUUUUUCGAUCAGAAGAAUAGCCCCAGGAAUUUAAGCGACGUAAUAACUACCCUCAACGUUGUAGCUGUUGGUAUAACUUACGUGUCGCGAUUUCAAAGCUUUUGGACUAAGAAAAUGAUAUCGUUUGGAUUAUCAUCCAAAAUCAGUGAUGUUUAUAUUACAAAAUCUGCUGCGGAGCUGCUGUUUGAUGGAUACGAUGAUCCUAUAUUGGGAUUGCUGUCCAAAAUACCGUUGAUAUCAGCGGUGCCAGAAAAAGGAGGAAUGUUCUUUGGAAGAAAUGGUACUCCAGGUUUGGACGGUACAUACAGCAUGCAUUUUAAAAACGACCAUCAAUUCGGCAGUAUUCUUCUGUGGAACGGGAAAAAUCAAUCGGAUUUCUUCAGUGGACAUUGCAACAAUGUAAAAGGUACAGCUGGAGAAUUUCUGCCAUUGAAUAGACAAAGAGAUCAAAUACUUCUAUAUUCGUCUGAUCUGUGCAAGACUUUGGCGUUGAAAUACGUUGAAGAUGUUGUAGUGAAAGGUGUUAAGGGAUAUAAAUAUUCUGCUGAAUAUGGGUUUGAUAAUGGUACAGUUUAUCCAGAAAAUUCCUGUUACUGCACAGGAGAAUGUAUCCCUACAGGCGUUUUCAACGUGUCCUCAUGUCGAAUGGGAUCUCCGACGUUCUUGUCUUUCCCGCAUUUCUUCAACGCUGACCCCGUCUAUCGAGAGUCGGUGAAGGGUAUGAAACCCAAUAAAACCCUUCAUGAAUUUUAUAUGAUUGUCGAACCGAAAACUGGAAUCAUAAUGGAAGUUCAAGGUGGUAUGCAGGUUAAUAUGUUACUGCAGCCCAUUUCUAGUAUACGCUUAUACGAAAAGGUGCCGAAAGUUUACGUGCCGAUAUUCCACAUCAACCACAUAGCUCAUCUAUCAGACGAAGUAGCAGAAGGCCUGUGGUUGCUACAAAAUCUCCCCGAAUACAGUUCGUACUUCCUAUAUUCCGUUAUACUUCUAGGAUGUAUUUCCUUUUUAGGCGCGUUGGUGUGUUUAGUGAACUUUAAGAAAUCUAACGUUUUAGCGAAUAAAAAAGUUACUCCUAUUCCGCAAUACGAACAAGUACCAUUAAGUGAGAAAAAACCCGGUAUUGUUUGGAAAUUUAAAUGAUUGCAUGUUGUUUUGUAUGUUUUAUUGUUAAUAAAUUAUUUU